AUGUUCCCGGGUAGAGGUUCUUAUACCUACAACAACAACCAAUCUAGCAAUGGUAACUACAGACCGCCACCAGGUCCACCACCUUCACAACUGAACUAUAAUAAUGACAAUGAUGGAUACUAUAAGCCACCGCCAGGCCCACCACCUUCACAAUUAAAUUAUAACAACAGUGACGAAAGGUAUUAUAGGCCACCACCUGGUCCACCACCACCACAGUAUCUGUCUAAUGAGUAUAGUGGUGAUGAAGUACAUUCUAGAUCCUAUAACAAUGAAUCAGGUAACUACUCUAGGCCACCGGCUCCACCAUCACAAUCUUCCUCAAACUAUCAAAACCAAAAUUAUAACAAUGAAUCAGGUAGCUACUCCAGGCCACCGGUUCCACCAUCACAAUCUUCUUCAAACUAUCAAAACCAAAAUUACAACAAUCAACAAUACUCACGUCCUUCAGCACCACCACCAUCAAACUAUGUUCAGCCAUCAGCGCAGACCGCACCACUUCCAACUGAUACACAAUAUUUUAUGAAUGAUCAGUUAAAAUUUCAAUAUUCCCAAUGUUCAGGGAAGAAAAAGGCUCUUUUAAUUGGUAUUAAUUAUAUAGGUACUCAGAACGAAUUACACGGUUGUAUUAAUGAUGUUUCUAACAUGCAAACUUUUUUGGUAAACCAUUUCGGUUAUAAUCCAGAUGAUAUUGUAGUGCUUACUGACGAUCAAUCUAAUUUAUCCAAGGUGCCUACCCGUGAAAAUAUGAUUAGGGCGAUGAGAUGGUUAGUUUCAAAUGCGCAACCUAAUGAUUCGUUAGCAUUUCAUUACUCGGGACAUGGUGGUCAAGUGGAAGAUCAAGAUGGUGAUGAAGAUGAUGGUUUAGAUGAUGUUAUUUAUCCUGUUGAUUUUCAAACCGCAGGACCCAUAAUUGAUGAUGAACUGCAUGACAUUAUGGUCAAGCCUUUACCUCAGGGUUGUAGAUUAACUGCUUUGUUUGAUAGUUGUCAUUCUGGAACUGUUUUGGACUUACCUUAUACUUAUUCCACAAAGGGGUUAAUUAAAGAGCCUAAUAUUUAUAAAGAAUUGGGUUCUGAGGGGCUACAAGCUGCGAUUAGCUAUGCAACAGGUAAUAAGCAGGCUUUGAUCAGCGGCCUAACUAAUAUGUUCCAGACAGUUACCAAAGGUGGGCAUAAAUUAAGCAAAGAAGAAAGAGAUAAAAUAAAACAAUUAAAAUUUUCACCAGCUGAUGUCAUUAUGCUCAGUGGUAGCAAAGAUAAUCAAACUAGUGCUGAUGCUCAAGAAAACGGCAGAGCUGGUGGUGCAAUGUCAUGGGCCUUUUUAACUGUUUUAAAUUCACAGUCUCAACAAACCUAUUUAACUUUACUACAGAACAUGAGAACUGAAUUGAGUGGAAAGUAUACACAAAAACCACAACUAUCCGCUUCACACCCAAUUGAUGUUAAUUUACCGUUUAUUAUGUAG